AAACAAACCCUAUAAAUUCCAGACUAAAAAAAGAAGAUAAUGGAUAACUCCGACAUGCUAAUGAACAUGAUGAUGCAGCAAAUGGAGAAGCUUCCUGAUCACUUCUCUAACCCAAACCCUAACCCUAAUUCCCAUAACAUCAUGAUGCUCUCCGAAUCCAACACUCACCCUUUUUUCUUCAACCCCAACCAUAUUCAUCUCCCACUACUUGACCCAACCAUCACUCACCAUCACCACCAACCCGGUUUAAAUUUCCGGUAUGCACCUUCCACUUCAUCAUCUCUCCCGGACAAAAGAGGUGGAGGAGGAGGCGACAACGCUAACAUGGCGGCAAUGCGAGAGAUGAUCUUUCGCAUAGCCGUGAUGCAACCGAUACAUAUUGAUCCGGAAUCUGUGAAGCCACCAAAGAGGAAGAACGUGAGGAUCUCUAAAGAUCCACAGAGCGUGGCGGCUCGACAUCGGCGGGAGAGGAUAAGCGAACGCAUUCGGAUUCUUCAACGUCUUGUUCCCGGCGGGACCAAGAUGGAUACUGCUUCGAUGCUCGAUGAGGCUAUCCAUUACGUUAAGUUUCUCAAGAAACAGGUGCAGUCGCUUGAGGAGCAUGCGGUGGUUAACGGCGGAGGAGUGGCGUCAGCACCGGCUUGUGUUGGUGGAGGAUAUGGUGGAAAAAGUUGUGGGACUAUGCGGUCUGAUCAUCACCAGAUGCUUGGAAAUACACAGAUUCUUAGGUGAUCACUUUUUAAAUGUAUUAGUUAUUAAUAUGGAGAGGAAAACAAAAAUUCUCGGUAACAAGUGAAAUUUAAUAUUAUGAGUGUUAUCUUUUAUAAACGUAUUUAAUUUUCCUGGUUUUAAUAAUGUCUAGGACGUUUUUUUAAGACAGACCAUUUUAGUGUAAAACUAAUUAUAGUAAUAUUCAAUUAUCAUUGCAAAAUGAAGCAAACUUUGAUUACCACUAACCAGUGAGACAUAUUCAGCUUUCAGCAGGUCUGAUAGGGGUACAUGCCGGUGAAACACUGGUCUUGACAACUAAAAAUUUUAGAAACUUUUUCAUAUAAAAUUCCUAAAUUGUGAAAAAAGAAAAUUUUACUGAAAUUCUUAAAAAAAAUAUUUCAAGUUUCCAAAAUCUCAGCUUCGGCCAUGGCUUUAUUAGUCUUUAUGUGUUGAAUACUUCUUCAUGUUUUUCUAAUGUAACAACAGUGUAAAUUGUAAUGUAUGCCAUAUUCAUAUCGUAUUGUUGUAGUUCAUUGCAUAUAGGUCUACGAUUUUGGGCAACUUGACAAGAAUAUUUUUGGAAUAGCCUAAAUGAUACUCCCUCUAUCCCUCUGUUCCUUAAUGUUACAUAUUCUAGAGAAAAAAAUUGUUUCAAAACGAUCAAUUUUUUUCAUUUCCUAUGCAUAUUUUAUUAAUUAAUUGCAAACUUUAAAAAACUUAAUUGCUCUAGUUGAAUUUUUAUUGGUUUAAAAUUAUGGAAAAAAUGAUAAACAUAAAAAAAUAUGUAAGUUUUCUAAGUUAACAAACUACAAAGGCAUAUUGUAUUGGCAUCUUUAUCACUGGCUUGCUGUAUAUAUAAACAACUUUUAUUUUCUUAGUAAAGGUCUAUUAAACAAUUGGAUCCCUGAUUUUUUUUUCUAGCCUCUUUAUUAUAGAUGGAUUUCUCGGAACUUGAAUCUACUACAUUCAUUAUAGAAGAUGGAACAAACCAGGCAUCAUAACUUUAAGAAGUAUUUUAUACAAAAGUAUUUAUACUAUAACCAAACCAAGUUUGGACCAGAAAGAGCAGUAUAUAUCGCUAUAUGUUAUGGUGCCACAAGGUAAGCCUAAGUAAAGAACCAUUUCACAGAAAAGCCCAUUAAGCUCAAAAACCAAUAUUACCAUAGGAUUGUGCACAACAGUACGUCAGUACCCAUCGUAAAAAAGACUCGAACCUUAUAAUGAUUUCAAAUGGGGUAUAUCUAUAUUAUUAAAGUUGAAGUACACAUUGAGAUGGUUUGGCAAUAUGGAUAGUAGAUAAAAAAAUACUACUGU